AUGGCAGUGGCCUGCUAUUCUGUGGCGUGGGUCUUGCUCGUGGCGCACAUGGAGUCUCCCGCUGUCCAGCUCAGUGACAGUCGGUCAGUGCGGUGCUUCCCCGUCAGGCUGCGAGAUUCAGGAGCGUGCUGCACCAUUGCAGAGGCAGGCGGCCAACGGUGUUCAGCGUUCAGCCAGAGGCAGACACUUAGCCCGCAGGGUUACGAUUCGGAACGAUGUGUUCAUAUCUAUACAUACUUAAUUUACUUACUUACACAUUACAUACAAAGCAUUGAGAAAGAGGAGAAGUACAGGCGGCACAAGCAGAAGCAGAAACGUAAGCAGAAAACCAAGCAGCCGGAGAAGGUGGAGAGUAAGCAGCUGACCAGCCUGAGGCAGUGCCUGGGACCUGGCUGUGUACAGGCGGCCCGGCAGAGCUCCAAGUACUGCUCCGACGAGUGUGGCAUCAAACUGGCUGCCAACCGCAUCUAUGAGAUCCUCCCCCAGCGGAUCCAACAGUGGCAGCAGAGCCCCUGCAUCGCCGAGGAACAUGGCAAGAAGCUCCUGGAGAAAAUCCGGCGUGAGCAGCAGCAGGCCCGCUGCAAACUACAGGAGAUGGAGCGCAAGUUCCACGAGCUGGAGACCAUCAUCGCCAAAGCCAAGCAGCAGUCCAUCAAAGAGGAUGAAGAGGUGAAUGAAGGUGACAGUGAAGAGGCCGAUUUCCAAAUUUUCUGUGUGUCAUGUGGUCAUCCAAUCAAUCCGAAAACUGCCAUGAAACACAUGGAACGCUGCUAUGCCAAGUACGAGAGUCAAACGUCAUUUGGAUCCAUGUACCCAACACGCAUCGAGGGGGCCACACGAUUAUUCUGCGAUGUUUACAACACCCAGAGCAAAACCUACUGCAAGAGGCUGCAGGUUCUAUGUCCAGAGCAUUCUCGAGACCCCAAGGUCUCAGCAGACGAGGUGUGCGGUUGUCCAAUAGUGAAGGAUGUCUUUGAGCUGACAGGUGAUUUCUGCCGAGCGGCCAAACGGAAGUGUAAUAAACAUUACUGCUGGGAGAAACUGCGGCGGGCCGAGGUCGACCUGGAGAGGGUGCGAGUGUGGUACAAACUGGACGAGCUGUUUGAGCAGGAAAGGAACGUGAGGAUAGCAAUGGCCAAUCGCGCUGGACUCCUGGCACUGAUGUUACAUCAAACCAUCCAACAUGACCCCGUAACCACUGACCUGCGAUCAAACAAGGAGCGAUGAAGGAAUCGGCGCCGCCUCUUCAGGAUUGUGAGGUUGGGGUGGGGGGGGGCGGGGUCCACACGGUGACCCUCCUCGAGCGAGCGAACGACCGCGCGCCCCUGGCCUGGGCCCUCGGCGACGAGGCAGCUUGUCAUCUCUCGAUGCGGGAUGUCGAUCCACCCAAAAGUAGGAGAGUAGUCCGAGCGUGACGACCUGUA